ACGAGGUGGCGGCUUGGGGGAAGGCUGGGUUGCAGGGAAGAAAGCCGACUUGCCUCCCGGGCCCCGGGCGCGCCUUCUUCCCCCACCUCCGGCUCGGGCCCCAGCCUCACCCUCGUGAGACCUCGUGGCGUCCGCCGAGGGCGCGCAGCCCCCACCCCGGUCGGCGCCUUCUCCGCCAGCGCGGGCGCCGGGGCGGGGGCGGGGGCGGGGGGAGGCGCGGCCCCGGGCACAUGAUCCCCCCCCCCCCCGCCCCCCGCCCUCGCUGCCGGCCGGGCACCUGACCCAGCGGCCCGGCGGGGUCCCGGCACACCCGAGCCGCGUCCCCGAGCACGGCCCAUGGCCUCCCCACGCCUGGGGACCUUCUGCUGCCCCACGCGGGACGCCGCCACGCAGCUGGUGCUGGGCUUCCAGCCCCGGGCCUUCCACGCGCUGUGUCUGGGCGGCGGCGCGUGCCGCCUGGCGCUGGGCCUCCUGCAGCUGCUGCCGGGGCGACGGCCCGCGGGCCCGGGGGCCCGGUCCACGUCCCCGCCGGCCUCGGCGCGCGCCCCGGCCUCCGUCCGCAUCCUACGCGCCGCCGCCGCCUGCGACCUGCUCGGCUGCCUGGGGAUCGUCUUCCGGUCUGCGGUGUGGUUGGGAUUCCCCGAUUUCGUCAAGGGCAUCUCUGACGUGAAUGGGACGGACCUUUGGCCUGCUGCGUACUGCGUGGGGACCGCAAUGUGGAUCCAGCUGUUGUACGGUGCCUGCUUCUGGUGGCUGUUUUGCUACGCGGUCGACGCCUAUCUGGUGAUCCGGAGAUCAGCAGGACAGAGCACCAUCCUGCUUUACCACAUCAUGGCCUGGGGCCUGGCCGUCCUGCUGUGCGUGGAGGGAGUGGUCAUGCUCUACUACCCGUCCGUGUCCAGGUGUGAACGGGAUCCGGAGCUCGCCAUCCCGCACUAUGUCACCACAUACUUGCCGCUGCUGCUCGUCCUGGGGGCCAACCCCAUCCUAUUCUGGAAGACCGUGACCGCAGUGGCCUCUUUACUAAAAGGAAGAAAAGGCAUUUACACAGAGAACGAGAGACGGAUGGGAGCCGUGAUCAAGAUCCGAUUUUUCAAAAUAAUGCUGGUUUUAAUUAUUUGCUGGUUGCCAAACAUCAUCAACGAAUGCCUUUUAUUCUAUCUUGAAAUGCAACCAGAUAUCAACGGGAGCUUUUUGAGACCUGUGAGAAAUGCAGCCAAGACCACGUGGUUUAUAAUGGCGAUACUGAACCCAGCCCAGGGAUUUCUCUUGUCUUUGGCCUUCUACGGCUGGACAGGAUGCAGCCUGGAGUUUCAGUCUCCCAGGAAGGAGAUUAGGUGGGAAUCCAUGGCAACCUCUGCCGCAGAGCAGCCCUACCUGUCCCCAGAUGGCUCCAGCGCACCCGGUGAGAGCCUCACUCCCAGGAAGGUGCUGCAACUCGGCGGGCACGUGUCCGACGAGGCCCUGAGCCUGUUGUCUGAAGGUUCCGACGCCAGCACGGUUGAAAUCCAUGUCACAAGCGGGUCCCGCAACGAAAAUGAGGUGGAAUCUGUUCCCGAACCCCAGGGAGACCUCUGAGGGGGACGUGACAGGGGUCCGGUCCCCACAUCCUCAGGUUCUGCGUUUCUCACUCUUGAGAACUGCAUUCUCCCCACAAACCUUCCCGUCCUCACCGUGUUGUAACAGUUCCUUCCCGAGGAGGAGCCGUGGUAAGAGACGCGAUCCGUGAGCACGAGCUUGGGAACAGAGAGAGAAUUCCUUCCAGACCAGACAUAGCAGCUACUCUCCACUCUUCUGAGGUUGCCUGUAAUGUAAAGGCCAGACCCAGGUCCUUAGAAAAGUGAAUAAAGUCGUCGUAACUGAGCUCCAGGCCUGGCUCGCGUGCUGUCUGAACAACACCUCUAGCAAAUGCUCUUGAGCAAGGUCUUGAUGACGUAGCCCCUGGUCCCCAUGCUGUGCUGAGCAGUGACCUGGUCUAAGGACUCCUUGGCCCUGACUGACACCAUUUCCCAGGUUAGAAUCUUUGUAUCAGUUGAAAUAUAGGUCUAUCCAGGUGGAUCUAUAGGUAUAUAUUUUAAGUUUUUAAAUGUAUUUAUGGGCAAAAUAUUGUCGCAUGCAUUGGAGUUACAGGCCACAUGGGAAGAUCCAUAGAAAAAGCAAGGCGGUGUUUUCCCGGGACACCACAGACCGCCCGGCCACGGGACACCUCCCUUCUGGUCAAGGACGCCCUUUUGCUCUAGAAAAGCCGUCCAGGAAGCUUCUGGACUUGUACUCUUAGAGAGUCGCCUGGCUGCAGCAGCAUUCGGGGCACACCUGCACUGUGGCCACGGUGCCCUGGGCAUGCGCAUUCCUGAGGAUGGGGCCAAGCUACGUCACUCCCCCCACCUUGAUCCAAAGUGUCAGGGGCGUGCGAAGGACGCUUAGCUUUUCGGAGCGGUAUGUGCCUUCUUUAUCUGCCUCCGCGUGGACUCUUCAGUCCCCAUCAGCACCAGAAGCCCCUCUUCUGCUUGAGGACCCCCCCUCAACAGCAUGAGGCCAGCCCUCCCCCCCACCUCCGCCUGUAGGCACAGGUACUAGCUUUCACACCUCCCUGGCCGAGCCAGUCUAGUUAGCAGCUAGCGCCCGAGGGAGAGGGCCGCAGAGAAGCAUGUCUGGAGAGGGGCCGAGGGGCCACUCCGGUGUCGUGUCCACACGUGGGCAGUGCCCGGGGCUGUGUCUGUGCGCACCUCCCCUGCAUGGGCCUGGUCCUCCAGGAUCCCUCAGAGGGCCCGGUAUCGUUUGUUGUUUUUGCCUUACACCAGUGAGUCAGGUUCAGAGACUUGCAAGGAAGAACCCUUUCUGAUCUGAUGAUCCAAUGACAACCCCUCCGAGAUGGGGUGGCCAAGUCCCCAGCUGGCGCAGCGGUUAUGCCUGAGUGAGUUGUGGGGGGGGGGGGGGGGACUGAAAGCCAGAAGAUGCAUGAAUAUCCCCUCACGCCUACUUGCCGGGCAGCGAGCGGGCCCGUGCGGUGGAGAACUUGCAAAUGAACAUCACGGACGGGCACCGAGUCCAUCUAGUGAAGAGAAGGGACAACGGAGCAAACCCGGGGAUAAGCCAGAAAAUGACGGGCCGCUCGGUUGUAAGCAGUCUCCCUGUCAGGCUGGUUGCUGCGGGGGCAUCGGAUUACCGUUUUGUAGAUGGUGGGUGCGAAAGCAAUGAUCCAGUGGAGAGAAAGCAACACUGAUGGGAGAGAAGUUUUCAAAAAGGUGAGGAGACCGGGCCCCAGCAGUCUGGGCUGGGACGCGACAGACGGGUGGCCGGGAGUGUAGUUUGGGUGGAAAAGAGGAGGCUGUUCCCCUCAGGCAGCUUUCGUAGGACUUCGGUUUAUCAGCCGGUCGGCUUAUCACAGCACGAAAACCCUCGUGAGGACUCCACUCGCUCCCCGCUCCCAAAAUGCCCUCACGCCCCUUUCCCAGCGUGCAGUUUGAGGACGUACCCCACCCGGCUGCUUUCCUGUGGUUUCUCCCGGUGACGUGUGCUCAAGGAACACUGCUCCCGGUCGGAGCCCCUGUCCUCGGAGCGCGGACGCCGUGCAUGGGUCCUCACGCUCCCCCCGUGGUGCCCCACGCCCUGUCCACCCCCUUGCACGGCUUACCUUGUCACGGAGGAGACAAGAUGUGGACGAUGAAAAGUUCUCUGCUGAGCGACUGGAAGCUUGGGACGCCCCAAAU